AUGGAUCUUCUAUCCAUCCUCCCUGAAAUUUCGAUAAAAUCGUUCUCCCAUAUCCUCCCGCCGCUCGAAAGAAGCAGAGUCAAUACAGUCGACCUCAUUUCGCUGGAUACCCUCGAAAUCGCGAAACGCGCCCACGUUCCCCCUGCAGACGUUCGCCGUUUAGCCAACCACGUCAUAAAAGCCCUGCACAACGAUGUCGGAUUUGAAGAAGGCCCCCGUCCUGAGCAGGAACAGCCUGAUAGCAGCCCUGACCUCGAAUUACCGCUGAUUUCAGGACCGCGAACGAAACUCGACCUAUCGCAAUGGCGCACGAUUAGCACUCUUGACGCCGCCUUAGAUACCCUGUUGAAUGGAGGAAUUGCAACCGGAUAUGUGACCGAAGUGACUGGUGAGAGCGGGAGCGGCAAGACGCAGUUCUUGCUUGGCCUGUUGCUGGCUGUGCAGCUUCCACCACCUCAGGGUGCGGGCAGAAGCGCGAUAUACAUCUCUACGGAAGCCCCGCUCGCUACAAACCGGCUUUCCCAGCUUAUCGAGUGUCAUCCGUAUUUGUCGACUCUUUCGCGCGAGCAGGCCCCUUCUCUGGGUAGGAUUCUUUCCAUAAACGCAAUGGAUCUCGAGAGCCAGGAUCACAUACUAAAUUACCAACUGCCCGUGGCUAUCAAGCGAUACAAUGUUGGGCUAGUUGUAAUUGACUCUAUCACCUCCAACUACCGGGCCGAGCAUACGUCUCACGAUCUAUCCGGCUUGUCGACACGCUCGGGGGAGCUCGCCAAACUAGGCCAGAUGCUGCGCAACUUGGCCGCGAGCGAAGAUGUCGCCAUUGUCGUUGCCAAUCAAGUCUCUGACAGAUUUGAGGGUGACGCUCCCUUGCCUUUUUCACGGGUGACCGGCGACCGGACGCCGAUGUCUUCUCCCGCCACGCAACAACUACGAGACUACUACGUCGGAUUUGACCGUGAGGCUGCCGCGUCGCCUUUGUCUCGAGUGCGGACAUCAGAACCGGCUAACGCGGAGCUGAAUCAUCACACUCUCGCCGUUUCGCAGUGCACGCCGAGCUUCCCUUCUUCAUCACCUCUGCCCACGCAAGAUGACCAGCCGCAGUUCGAUGGGUCAUACCUGGUAGGCAACCCAGUACGAAAUGAGAUUCUCAGCUUGCAACAUCAGCAGCGUUUCUUCACCGGAUGGGGGGACUCUCCUCCGCCGUUGGCUCACGGUACGCAGCCUUGGGUCCAGCAAUAUACUCUUAAAACUCCGACGUUAGGCCUCGUCUGGUCCACGCAAAUCGCAUGCCGGAUUGCCCUAAAGAAGUAUAAUCGGCCGGUGAUCUUUGACGCGGUAUUAGAUCGCAAUCCCACAAUUCCUGUCCAGAAACUCACUUCCCAAGAACAAGACGAGCCAUCUGAGUCUGAGGUUGCAUCAGAUGCGGCUUCUCUUCCUGAAGAGAAUUCGACCCGCCCGAACAACUCUACUGCUACAGCCAUGAAAAACGUGCCUACAGCGUCGGCUCCACAGAUCAUACACUCUACCGAGCAAUCAAUCCAGCGAACCAUGAAACUGGUCUUUGCUCCAUGGGCCGGAGGAUCUGCGCCUCUAUCGUCUGAAUUCGGAGAUGAAGUGGAGUUUGAGAUCUGGAAGGGAGGUAUCAAGGCCGUUAAGAGAGAGUAA